AUGGAAACUAAUGCGAAGCGAAAGCACCCUGAGAGAGGAUUUUAUGCAAGUCUAAAGGAUGGAGUUUGUCUAAAACCCAAGAGAGUGGCCUGCAAGCGUUUGAGAAAGGCAGACCAGGCAAAAUUUUACCCUAUUGAGGUUAGUACGAUUGUCUAUAAUUUUAUAAAUUCGCUGCUCAUUGUCUGUCUGUUUAUAUAGUCAUUGUUAUGUUCUAUAUGCUUUACUUUAGGACGUAUAGUCAAUGUUUAUACGCAUUUAUUCCAUUGGCAUUAAUAUAAUUUUGCCACUCGUUUAGAUUGUUGAACGGGACAAAGUUAAAGUUCACUAUAUAGGCUACCCAGCCAAAGACGACGAGUGGAGAAGCUGUUAUGAACUUAAAGGAAAUGGAGACUUUGGUCAAGUUAUACAACGCUAUCUGCCAGAUCGUUACUGUAUGAAAGAGUGGACCACGCUAUUGUUUGACCGUUUGAGGAGGAAGAUUAAGCUGUCGUUGUUCUCCACAAAAAAUUGCCCAAAGUAAGGGUCAAACAAGAAAUUAAAAUGGACGUAUAUGCGCAUUGCCUCAAGGGAAUUGGUAAACUAAGAUUUGACAAAGACCGAGCAGUACACUGUGUUAAUUCGCCUGCAGAUGCUGCGUUGGUAGAGCUUCUGGGUGAGAAAUGGUCGGAGAGAUUUUUAAACAUUAACUAUGACUUUAGCUAUGUGAUGAAGGGCACAAUUCAGUUCGGGACCCAUACCAAAGCUGCAAUAAAAGAAUUUGUUAAUAUUGGUGGGAACCUUUUUGAGAACCAGAUUGAAAAUGAAAUUGUUUUUGGGUUUACAUUUGUUAGAGGAGAUGGAGUAAAACAGGAGUAUACUAAUAAUGAGGAUUGGAAAUACUAAUAAAAUCUGUAUGUGCAUCAAUUUAUAUAUUAUAUAUAGUUAUAGUAAAAACUUUUGAAUCUUGUCAACCAUAAAAAUCACUCCAUAAAAAUCACUCCAUCAUUUUUGAAUUUUAGCAGAAUUCUUGAACUUGGGUACAACCACGUCUAUCUUGAUAUUUUGGAAUAACUUAAGUUUUUCAGGCCCUGUUAAGUCUCUCCACUUCAGGUUCUUGCUGUCUCUGCAUAUAUACCAGUAAAAAGGAAUCUUCAACAUUUCGUUGAGGUACUUCUCCCAACCUGCCACAUGUAUGUAUCUGGAUCUGUCAAAACCUUUAUUAAAAGACUUCUUCUUGUCAAUCGCAUCUUCCUUUCGUAACUGAAGUAUUAAGAGAUGGUCAGGUUGUCACAUAUUCUGAGAAAUAGGUGCAAAGGAUCAAUGAUAACAUGGUCAAGGGGAAUUGAUGGGAAUAAUGGAGCAUGUUUUACAUUAUAAUAUGUUGCCUGGCACUUUUUUCUUAACAGGUCUUGAAUUUCUUUAAUUGUCCUUGCUCCCUUGGAUUCAUCUAGUAAGGACCAUGAUUUUGUAGGAUCGUAGUGGUCAUACAGAGAGCAUUUGCACCGAAUACAUGGUUGGGUACCAAGAUCACAAAUACAGGACAGAAAUUUCCAGUCACCUCCUAGAAACCAUUCAAUCUCAAAGCACUGGCCCCCUAUAUAAAUACUUGACAGUUCUUCAACUUCAUUUCGAAUAUCAGCCAGGGCAACAUACCCCUGUGGCCUUUACCACUGCAACCAAGUGGUUUCCCUCAGCUGACAUUGCCUGCAAUCCUUCCUCUAAGAUAGUAAAUGUAAUGUUUAUUAGAUGUAAAUGUUCACCGACGUUAGUUCCAUCCCUGGAUAACUUCACCCUUAUCUUUGUUUGCCAAGGAUCCCUCCUCUUGACAACCAAUACUUUUACUCUGGCUUCCAGUCUGCUUUUGAUAGUUUGUUGCACUCCAACAGUGUUACCAAGUGUCUGGAACAAGUUCCACUUUUUAUUGAUUUCUUUUAUUCUGUCCUUGAUUUUCCAUGACCUUGGCAUCUCUUUACAUACCAUUGAUAUUUCAUGAUAUGCCAAAUCUGUCUUUGGUGUAUAGGAGUAAGUUGAUGUAGUGAACUGCUGAUUCGGUAAUUAAAUCUUCCAGUUCUUUGGCCAAAUGCAAGGUCUCUGACUCAUUAGUUGAAAAAUUAAAAACCUUUACUUCAGUUGCUAUAAAAUCAUUAGAACUAAAAAAUGAUAAGCCUGUUUCACAAUCAGUAAUGAGCUGUCCCUAAAUUCUUCCCUGGUGUCUCUUUGUAUAAUCACUAUACAAUUUUUUGUGGUCAGGACCCCUCGUUCUGGUAAAUAGAUAGAAAAACUUUAUUUAUCCAUGCUAACCCUGUCAACCAAGGCUGAUUUCACAGGGGGCGUGUAAAAAGCAAUUACAACAAUAUAGUAUUUAAAGCUAUUUACAAUCUAAAAUAUCAACUUUGUAAUAUGUCAUCCCACUUUUAUAGGUAAAAAAGUUUGUGAGUGACUCAGGACCCAUUUUAUUCAAAAUUUUGUACAUUAGUUUUGCUUUUGCCUUUUCUCUUAUUGACUGAAGUGGCUCCCAGCCCAGAGCCUGUAAAGCAAUAGUGCGAUCUAUAUUGUUGCUCAUACUCAUGAUAAUUCGAGCAGCUCCACCUCGAAGUUUCUGAAGUCAUUUUGACUGUGUUUCACCAUCACAUCCCACACUUCACAACAAUAAUCAAAAUGUGGACGAACAAUAGACCUUUCCAAGGUUAGGGACGCCAUCUUGAAUCUAUUGUUUUCACCAUUGUGUUUGCACCCCUUGCAAAUUUACCUAUAGGGAAUUCCAUUGUAUUUUCACCCCUUGCACUAUUGUGUUUCAUGAUGGCAUUGUUAACCUUGGAAAGGUCUAUAGCAUUAUAUAUCGAAAUAAUUGUGUCUUUAUUAACAAAAGGUUUAACACGACAGAGGCAGAGAUUCCGGAUGUUAUUUUCUUGCAAAUAUUUUCAGUAUUACUUUUCCAAGAUAAACACUGGUCAACUAUUUUUCCAAGAGUUUUGCAUUCAUAAACUUGUUUAAUUUGUUUGUUUUCAACAAUAAUAUUUGGAUGAAAAUUUUUUAUUAUUUGUUUUGAGCCAAUCAACAUGAAUUCAGUUUUAGCUACAUUCAAGCUAAGUUUAUUGCCCAUCAACCAGUUUCAAAGAUUUUCUAGAUUAGAAUUUACUGCAAUCUCAACAUCAGUCGUUGAGUCUCCAGAAGCUGUGAGAUUUGUAUCAUCAGCAAAUAGGCGAAGUCUUGUAUUAUCAAGGCACUCGGGCAAGUCGUUGAUGUAUAAUAAAAACAAUAAUGGUUCAUAAUAAUAUUGUGAUCAACAGUGUCAAAUGUUUUUAAAUCAAUAAAAACUGUUAAGUUAAAUAGUUUUCUAUUUAAAUUUACAUACCACUCGUUUGUACAGUCUAGUAAUGCUGUGGCUGUUGAGUGAGAUUUCCGGAAACCAAAUUGUGAAUUACUCAAUAAUCCAAAUUCAGUUAAAUAAUUGUAUAGUUGGUUAUACACAAUUCUUUCCAUGAUUUUGCUUAUUGCUAGUAAAACUGAAAUUGGCCUGUAGUUUCCUGGAAUAUUUCGUUGGCCAUUUUUAUAAAGCGGUGUUACUCUAGCUAUUUUCCAUUCAUCAGGAAAAAAAUAAAGUAAUAGCCUGAUUAAAAAUAAAUGUCAGUGAAUCUGAAAUAGCAGGUGCAGCUAUUUUAAUAAUUUUGCACAAAAUCUUAUCAAUGCCGGUCGCUUUAUUGGUUGAUAAUCCAUAUAAUAAAUUAAUUUUUUACAUAUGCCUUAAAGUUGCAACUGGAUGUACCAAUUCUAUCAGUCUUACCACUGCAGAGAUUCCAUGAGAGAGCACGCAUGCGCUGAGCUGAUCAUUACCAUGUUUCACUGGACGCCGUUUUGGCUUGCUGAUCGUGUUGAACACAAAUAUUUUUCAAAUAUCUUUAUUUUUCUUGCACAUCGAGUUGCAAUCGACAUCAAUCCAGCUACUUAAAGUAGUUGUGAACUACUUUUGGCUGUUUUGUCCGGGAAAUAUUUUCUGGAUAGAGGAAAUAUCCCGCUGCUAAAUCAUGGAUGAGCUCUAAACCAGUGUGAUUUCGAACCAGCCCUCGUCCAGUGAGCAAACCUCUGGUUCGGCGAUGCCGAAGCCAAAUACAAAUGCCAAAGAAAAAACUUCGAUUGAGAAUGGUGGUCGAGGGAAAAAAGCGAGUGAGAAACAAACUUGCAGUGCAGAGUCGGAUACUGCCGAAGGAGUUCCAAGCGAAGUCGAGGACUUCGAAAGCAAAAUAAAUGCAAAGAUAGACAAAUUAACAUCUAUUGUCAACGACGUUGCGGGCAUGAUACCCAUCGUUCGCGAGCUAAAAGCAGCUUACGACGAAGACUUAGUCGCAACCGACGCCGAUCUUCUGAGAAGCGAUUCAGACGGUGAGAAUAAUAGUGUCAAUAGCCAAAUUGACGAUUUGUCUAUGGCUACAGCGCCAGCUCCGAAAAAACGAAGGCUUGACAUAUCAGAGGGGGGUAUCGUGGAUUCCCUUGUGCUCGAAGUUACGGAGAAUGAGCAAACUGUUGCAGCGUUGCUAGAUAAAAUCGAAUCGGUUUUAAAUAGCAUUCUGGCACAUGGCUUAAAUGAACAGACUGCCAUUUCAAGAAAGGAAAAAAUUCGCCGACCAGACAAUUGUAAACUAUUACAAGUAACGAAAGUCAACCAAGAAAUCUGGGAUAUUAGCCAAAAAUCAACCAGAGCUAUGGAUGCUCGUUUGCAAAAAAUGCAAGAGAUGUUGAUAAAAGGCCUAACCCCUGUUGCAACACUUGCAGGUGAUGUAGGUGAAGCUGUAGAGGGCUCUUCUGACAUGCCUGAUAGAGCUGCUGUUUGGGAGGGGUUAUCUAAUGCUAUGGUGCUUAUUGCAGGAGCCAACCAUACACUAAAUAUGUGUCGUCGGGACCUUUUUAAGGCCGACCUUGACAAAGACUAUAAAACUUUAUGUAACAACAAGCACCCUGUUGAGGGUGAAUUAUUUGGUGAGGAUUUGAUUGAACGCCUCAAAACAGUGAAGGAGAGUAACAAGGCCUCCAAACAACUCAGACAUUCAGACUACCCAAGGGGGUCUGACAAUGAGAAAACAAUGCCACAAGGACAUUUUUUAUCCCAACGCCGGGGGAGGAACCGUUGGCAGCAAUGGGACCGCCCUCGGUUUACAAACAAGGCUGCAGCUUCGAAACAGAGAUACAACAAUCGGACAAUGGGGAGCAAGAGGGGGAAACAGAAAUAGACACUGCUUCCACAAAUGUGAGUAUCACACAUGCUAGGGAUGCUAGCAAACCUCUUUUAUAUUAUAAAGGUGAUAGUGUCGAAAGCAACACCUUUAUUGCAGGCAAUGUAAAAAAUUAUUUAGAUGCCUGGCAAAUGUUAACUUCUGAUAGCUCUAUUUUAACUGCUAUUAAUGGUUACAAAAUUGAUUUUUUCAUCCAGCCUGCUCAGUUGAAAGUCCCAACUGGACUUAGGUGCUCUUCUGUAGAGGCCACCAAUAUUUCACUGCAAAUAGGAAAAUUUCUCAAAAAGGGUAUUAUUAUAGAAACUUCAUAUGAGCCCAAUCAAUUUAUUUCACCUGUUUUUCUUAGUCAGAAGAAAGACGGGACAUUUCGUAUGAUCCUUAACCUAAAAGAACUGAAUAAAUGGGUUAAUUAUAAUGAUUUUAAAAUGGAUUCUAUCCACACAUGUACUGACCUUAUGAAACCCAAUUGUUACAUGGGGUCUAUUGACCUCCAUGAUGCAUACUAUUCCAUCCCUGUCCACAAAGAUCAUCAAAAAUACCUCAAGUUUGCUUCGGGUUGUAAACUUUAUCAAUUUACAUGCCUUGCUCAGGGUUUAGCAUGUGCACCACGAUUAUUUACCAAAGUAAUGAAACCUGUAUUUGCCACCCUCAGAGGAAAGGGGCAUUUAUCCAGUACCUACCUGGAUGAUUCUUGGUUAGUUGGAUACUCUUAUGAGGAAUGCAAAUCUAACAUUGAGGACACGACCACAGAUUAAGAGGACCAGAUGUCCGACUUCAUUGAAAAAAGCGUAAGGGCUUCGUCACUGCGCAUGCCGUACUGCGCAUAGCUUAGCAAGUGACUAGAGGCAGUCACCCCCCCGACAUUAAAUUUCAAAAUGGCGCGCAACAAUUUAUUUUGAGACAACAAACAUGAAAAUAAACUCUUUUUAUUUGCCCGAGAGAGGGAUUGUGUGGUUAAAUUUGUGUUUAAAACUUUCAACGUCAGUACGCGUAUUGGAAAAGUGAAUUCAUCACACUUAGUUUGCAAUAUUUUACGAUUUUUUCUCUUUUUCGAUCGUCGUAGGAGUGAAAACUAUAGGCGAAAUGAAAAUGCCACUUUGCUGAGGUAUUUGAAGUAUUUUUUUUACAAUGUACGAUGUGUUUUCUUGCACUUUCUACGAUGUCUGAUAUUCAUUGACAUCUGUGUGCAUAAUUUAUAGUUUACUUUGCAUAGAUAUUAACUAGAAGUUAGAUAAGUAAAUUCAUAUAUUAAUAGACAACUAGAUAUAAAGUUUGUCGACUAGAAAAUGUUUACAAAUUUUACAUUGUAUGUAUGAAUGUAUACAUAGUAUUUGUAAAUAUUAAGUUAAUUCAUCUAUUACGUAUUUUCUCUAAUAAAAAUCUUGUAACAGGAAAUGUGAGUUUCAGAAAAUGUGUGUCUCAGACAAAAUUAUUCUAGAAUAUUUAUUAAAUAUCUCACCUACAAACAACAAAUUCCCAUGAAGAGUGAUCCAAUCACAUUUUGUCCUGAUACAUGAAAGUGAGGUGCCCAGGCUAAACCGGCAUACAUGACAUAAUUAUUGAAAAAGCCUAAUUUGUUGUAAAAAUCUGUGUAACUACUCACUUGGUAAUGACUUUAACCUGCAACAAGUGUUAUCAUGCAACAAGUGUUAUCAUGCAAAUGUGCAACUCCCUGUUGUUGUUAUAUACUAAUAAUAUUUUACAUUAACCAAUUGAGUCGCAUUGCGGCCUGAUGCGCCCUACUUUAUUGUUUCACUCUGUCUAACGCCAGACGAUUUUACUUGUCAAGGGGAGAGCGCUGGCCCUUAAUGGGUUAAACAUUAACAAAAUUAAAUAGUAUAAAAAAUACAAUUCAACCUCAAUGCUCAAUGAAGUGGCCAUAAAGUAGACUUGGGGGGGGGGGGGGCUCCAAUGUCUAUUUAUUCAAAAAUCACUGAUUACAGUAAUAGGUAGACUGAAAAGAUGAAGAAGUGUUAACGAACACUGAUACAAAAACUUUGUGUCGACAUGUGUUGAACAUUAUAUUUAUGUGUGAUUAAUAUGUGUAUAAAGCAAAAUAUUAAGCAUGAUUCGUAAAGGAGGGCUGCCUAACGGAGGUUCGACUAAAGGAGUCUCAUAUUGGCCGCAGUCUGGAAAGUUUGUAGUUUGCAGCAUAAUACUAUUUUACAUAUUAAAACAAAAAUUAGCUGCACCCUUUGCAAACUUUCCAGUCAGGAAUAUAGUUACUAUAGAUUGUGAGACUUGUGUAAACAAAACAGAUUUUAUAGAAUGUUAAAUAUUGAAUUCCAUUUAGUCAGUGUGCUAAUAUCCUACACAUGUAGUCUGUACUAACAUUAGAGGAAACCUGUCCAAUAUACCCAAAUUAUAUAUUUUUGUAAUUUGUUGUUUGUAGGUGAGGUAUUUAAUUUUAGAAUAAUUUUUGUCUGAGACACACAGUUUCUGAAACUCACAUUUCCUGUUACAAGAUUUUUAUUAGAGAGUCUUUGUAUAAAUAGAUGAAUUAACUCAAUAUUUACAAAUACUAUGUAUACAUUCAUGCAUACAAUGUAAAAUUUGUAAACAAAACUAACUUCUAGUUAAUAUCUAUGCAAAGUAAACUAUAAAUUAUGCACACAGAUGUCAAUGAAUAUCAGACAUCGUAGAAAGUGCAAGAAAACACAUCGUACAUUGUAAAAAAUGACUACAAAUACCUCAGCAAAGUGGCAUUUUCAUUUCGCCUAUAGUUUUCACUCCUACGACGAUCGAAAAAGAGAAAAAAUCGUAAAAUAUUGCAAACUAAGUGUGAUGAAUUCACUUUUCCAAUACGCGUACUGACGUUGAAAGUUUUAAACACAAAUUUAACCACACAAUCCCUCCCUCGGGCAAAUAAAACGAGUUUAUUUUCAUGUUUGUUGCCUCAAAAUAAAAUUGUUGCCGCCAUUUUGAAAUUUAAUGUCGGGGGGGUGACUGCCUCUAGUCACUUGCUAAGCUAUGCGCAGUACGGCAUGCGCACUGACGAAGCCCUUACGCUUUUUUGACUGAAGUCGGACAUCUGGUCCUCUUAAUCUGUGACACUACUAACCUGUUGCGAGAGUUGGGGCUUUAUCCUCAUGAGGAUAAGUCAGUUACCACUCCUACGCAAAUCAUACAACAUCUGGGGUUUCUAUUGAAUUCAAAUAGAUAUGACUGUUUCACUUACCAAUGAGAAAAUUAACAAGCUUAGAGAAAUAGCUCAGUUGGUACUCAGUCAUUCCUCAAUGACCAUUCGACUAGUUGCCAAGUUGGUGGGGCACAUGGUCUCCUGUUUCCCAGGGGUAGAGUUCGGGGAACUUUACUAUAGACAAAUAGAAAUUGAAAAAUCUACAGCCCUAAAACUUGCCAAGGGGAAUUUUGAUGCCACCAUGACAUUAUCUGAUAAUGCUAUAUCUGAUAUUCAAUGGUGGAUUUUUCAUGCCCAUUUAUCAAAAAAGGCUAUUGAUCAUGGCAGUAUUGAUGUUGUCAUGACAACAGAUGCAUCUUUGCUGGGAUGGGGUGCCAGCAAAGGGCAAACAUCUGUUGGUGGAUGAUGGUCUGCUGAUGAACAGUAACACCAUAUCAACUACCUAGAACUAAAAGCAGUGUUGCUAGGGCUACAGUCUUUAUGCAGUAUGUUAUCAAAGUGUCACAUAAAAGUGUUAACAGACAAUACUACUGCAGUUGCAUAUAUCCGUAAUAUGGGAAGCACCCAUUCUCUACUUUGCAACAGCAUGGCUCGGGAAAUCUGGCAGUGGUGUAAGGAGAGAGGCAUAUGGCUCUCUGUUUCACACAUACCAGGUGUUGAUAAUGUUUUAGCAGAUAAGGCAUCACAAGUUUUUGAUGACACUACUGAGUGGAAACUUAAUGAAGCAGUCUCUAUCAAGCUCUGGGGGAAACCUGAGAUGACAUGUUUGCUUCCAGACUGA